GUGCGUAUCCUCAAGAAGAAAAAGGCCGGGAGCGGGAACGAAGCCGUGCAGGCUCGCCUGCAUGGUGUCCCAGGUGCGUGGUCUCAGCCCGAAGAAGGCGACGAGGCCGGAGCGCUUAUCCUCAACCAAUAUGUUCCAGGUGCGAAAGCGGAGGCGGGGACGAGGCCGGAGCGCUUAUCCUCGACCAACGUGGAGUCCCAGGUACGCGAUCUCGGCCCGAAGAAGGUGAAGGUGGGGUGCUUGAAGCCAGAAGAAGGCGAGCUUCAAGAGGAGGCGACAACAAGCUCGAAGGACUUACUCUCAGAAUACGUUCUCGGCGCGUGGUCUCAACCUGAAGAAGACAGAGGCGGCGACAAGGCCGGAGUGCCUAUCCUCAAUCAAUAUGGGGUCCCAGGUGCGCGGUCUCAACUUGAAGAGGAUGGAGGCGGGAACCAGGCGUGGAAGCUCAAGAUGAAGAAGGGCAAGGACAAGGUGUGUGGUCUCAGCGACAAGGCUGAGAGGGCUUAUCCGGAGUGCGUGGUCUCAGUCGAAGAAGGCGGAGGCAGGGACGAGGCCGGAGCACUUAUCCUCACCAAUAUGGGGUCCCAGGUGCGUGGUCUCAGCCCGAAGAAGGCGACGAGGCCGGCGCAAUAUGGGGUUCCAGGCGCGUGGUCUCAGCCCGAAGAAGGCGGAGGCGGGGACGAGGCGGGGACGAGGCCGGAGCGCUUAUCCUCGACCAACGUGGAGUCCCAGGUACGCGAUCUCGGCCCGAAGAAGGUGAAGGUGGGGUGCUUGAAGCCAGAAGAAGGCGAGCUUCAAGAGGAGGCGACAACAAGCUCGAAGGACUUACUCUCAGAAUACGUUCUCGGCGCGUGGUCUCAACCUGAAGAAGACAGAGGCGGCGACAAGGCCGGAGUGCCUAUCCUCAAUCAAUAUGGGGUCCCAGGUGCGCGGUCUCAACUUGAAGAGGAUGGAGGCGGGAACCAGGCCGGAGCACUUCUCCUCAACCAAUAUCGGGUCCGAGGUGCGUGGUCUCAACUCGAACAGGACGGAGGCAGAGACAAGGCGGGAAGGCUUAUCCUCAACCGGUAUGGGGUUCCGAGGUGUGGAAGCUCAAGCCGAAGAAGACAGAGGCAAGGACAAUCCAAGGUAUGGAAGCUUGAGCCUCAACCAAUGUGGUUGCCGAGGUGUGUGGUCUCAGCGACAAGGCCGAGAGAACAAUCCUCAACUAAAAUGGGGUGUGGGGUCUUCCCCCCGCCCCCCCUCCCCCUGAGCGCCCUCCCCCCUCCUCCUGGGGCGGGAGGGUAG